AUGAACAAUUACCGCAUCUUCAUCCUCGGAGUUGGCAGCCUAGGUCAAUUGGUUGCUCAUGCUCUCAGAAAAGAACAUCCUGGGUUGCGCAUCACAUUUCUUCUCCAUAGGAGCGAAAUUGCCUCUCAGUGGUACGCGUCGGGCGAGGCCAUAAGAUGCGUCACGAACGGGAGAAUUGACCACAGUGGCGAUUUUGAUAUCGAGCUGAUUUCCUCGCCGGCUACGCGUCAAGUUGUCUACACUCCACCCAAAAGCCCAAUUAAAUUUUUACUUGUGGCAACCAAGACGUACGCCACGAGUGAAGCCCUAAGCUCACUAAAGCAUCGCUUGGGAAGCUCUUCAACCAUCUGCUUCAUGCAGAAUGGUGUCAUGGACGAAGUAACGUCUUCAGUAUUUAGCGAUGCGAAGUCGCGGCCUUCGUACUGGGCCGCGGUAUGUGGCCGUAGCGUAAACAGAACAUCGCUAUUUUCUAUUGCCCACUCUGGAUCUGGCGGUAUUGAGUUCGGAGCAGUUUCUCUUGCUCCCAAAAACUUACUCAACCCCGAUUUAACCCCAUCCCCACCGCCCGAUCUGAUGAUUCGACUUCUUCUCGCCACCCCAGCCCUACAACCCGUCUUAAUGACUCCGGACCACAUAAAGAUAGCUCAGCUGCGGAAAGUAGUCGUCAAUGCCUCCAUUAAUCCAUUGACGGCAAUCUUUCGGUGCAAACUCGGUCAACUCCUCGAUAAUCCUUUGCGGUUCAGGUUGAUGAGGGCGCUUUUCGAAGAAGCCCAGGCCAUUGCGCGAGAAAUUAUUUCCGAGGCAUUGCCUUACUCAGCAUCAGCAUGGCAGGAAGAAAAUGUUUGGCUUUCCGUGAAAACCGUUGCCGAGAAUGGAAGAGCAAAUCAGAGUUCCAUGCUCCAAGAUGUCAUGGCAGGGCGACAAACUGAAAUCGACUACAUUAAUGGUUACCUCAUCUCUCAAGCGCGAAGACUGGGGGUCUGUUGCAAUAAGCAUAAAAUCGUCACAGGCAUGGUCAAAAGUCUCCGGGUCUUUGAAGAUGAUGAGGUCUUAUCAACGUUCGCCGUAAGGAAGGAUUUCGCAAAAGGUAAUUCGGUGGAUAAUAGUUAG